UGUGAAGAAACCGACGAACACUUGUUUUGUGACUGCACAUAUGUGUAUAUCGCGCGCAGAAUAUAUCAAGUUUUUUUUUACAGAAAAAAAAAUCCGUGUUUACCUGUGCAAAGAACGUCCAAAUGGCUAGUCUUCCAAAUGUCCAGCACUGAAAUACAAACACGACACUAAAUACCAAAAUGUGAAAAGAAUAAAAAUUCCACACCAAUGAGAUUCGGCUAAAAGAAUACCUUUUCUUUUCGAAACACAAAAUAAAAAAAAAUUGCAAAAAUGAAAUUAUCACCGGUGGAUUAUUUUGGUUUUGCGGCAAUGGACCGUCGAUUCAGUGCUCCGAUGUUGCCUUGGAUUAUCAGUGAAAUUAAAAGGAGAAACAAACGUGAAAAGGUUAACCUUCUACUGGCUUCGGGUUUUAUUUCGGCGUACGUUGCCAACAAAGAGGAACCAUUGUUCAGGCAUAAUUUAAACAACACCUUGAAACCCCAAUUGGUACCGCAAAGUGCACAGGAUUCAAAAGGCGGCAGUUUUCUCUACACUCUAAAAGGCGAUGAUGGACUUUAUUAUUGUCAUCUCUUCAAGACUAAAGACUCACAAACGGUUCAAGAACUUUUCAAUGCAAUGAAGGAGCAAUCAUCGACGAGAUAUGAAAGAGAAAAAGAAGUUCCUCAAAGGUCCUACAGCAGUGCUGCGACUUUAACAAGUAUAGGUGCUGAUAUAUCGCCAAGUUCAUCACACUUUUUCGAGGUACUAUAUUUGGGAAAAAUAAAAUUAAACCAUGGGAAACUUCCUCAAGGAAAAUUGCCUCAUUCAAUAGUCUCUCAAACGUUCAUAGACGAUGCUUUGAUUAAAUUACGCGUACGUGGACUCGAAAAAUCAAAAUCAUCUGCAAGUAAUUUGCUAGCUCAAUGCCAACAGCUCAAAAGUCAAUCAAGUACUUCCGAUCUUUUAUCAAACAUCAGGAGAGAUAGUGUGGAUUCGAGUGCUAGUGAAUUAGGAAGUACAGACAAUGUAUCGGGAAAUAAUUUAUUAUCUCCAACAACGUCUAUUAGUCCAUUGGGAACUGCCAAAGUGCUUGGCGGUUCCGUUGAAACUCUUCCAGUAAGAAACAAUAAUGUAGCAGAGAGUGAUGAACAGGAUAGUAAACAGGUGCCAAAGAAAACUACUACCAGUAUACAAAUACCUGAAACAAUGAGAAAUCGUGCGGCUUCCACUGGUAGUGUUCUAACUCCUAGGAGAGACUCUUGUACUGAUGGAAGUGACGAGCACAAUCGUACCAUGUUAUUUCAAGUAGGUCGACAGGACCUGCGUCUAAUUAGUCCGGACCGAAAGCAAGUUUUGCUGCACAAACUGUUAAAAAAUGUAGCAACUUGCGUUCAAGGAAUCGCAAAUCCAGAACAUUUCGGUUUUAUAUGCAGAGAUCCUGGCGCCGAAUGUUUCGUUGCUUACGUUUUUAAGUGCCAAUCCGAAUCUGUCGCUGAUGAUCUAGUCGGAGCUAUUUCACAAGCUUUCAUCGCUGGUUACGAUGGAAAACUCAAAGAGAGACACGCAGUUUUUUCCUGCGAACAUUGUCCCAUGGUCUGGUACAAGAAAUUAGCUCAAGAAAUUGAAGGUCAACAUGAAAGGAAAACGCAAAGUAUCAUUUUCUCGAGAAUGGAAAUGUUGUCGGAAGAAGAGCACGAGAUAAUAGUGACGAAAUUCAAAGGUUCUGAAGCCGGUGGCUCUGGAGCUGGCUCGAGUAUCCGGGAACAAAAUAGUUUUUUAAUGGCGCUCCUUCGCGCACAUUGUGAAUCGAAACAGUCUAGACAUGUUCACGACACGGCUGAAAAUAGGAGCGAAUUUUUGAAUCAAUAUCUCAGUGUCGGUGUGGGAAGUACGAUAUUUAUGAAAGCGAAACGCUCCCUGACAAAUAGUUUUGAUAAUUUAAUGAAAAGGAAAGGCUCGAGAGACGACUUUUCUUUACCGGUUCAAGUUCGAGAGUCGAAUCAGUUGAAUUCAGCGAUGCAUAAAGCCGGCAGUCAGAGUCCUGUGAACUUAGGAUCGCAAACAAUCUCUGAGGUUUCACCCGAGUCUGAAAGACCAAGAUCACUUCGAGUUUCUCCCGAGCAACAAUUGACUGUUAACACAAGUCCAAAGAGUCCAAUGAUGGAUAUUUUCCUGAAAGUAGGAAACUCACCAAAAAUGUCCCCAACUGAAUCGGAGGAAGCGAGUAGAUUGCAAGCGAGCGGUUCUUGGAGACAAGCGAUUCUCAAUCGUGUUGUAACACCAGCGAAAGAUAAGGACAAGGAAAUUGACAAAUCAGGAAUAAAUGUGAUUAAAAAUCAACAAUUAAAUGUACGAAAACGAACUAAAGGGGAAUUGCGCGAACUUUGGAAGAAGGCGAUUAAUCAACAAAGAAUACUCAUUCGAAUGGAAAAAGAAAAUGCACGAUUACGUGUUCAUCAAGAGGAAGCAACAGUUAAGAGGAUUAAACUUGAUUAUGACGAACUUAGUGGUUGUGCUCGUCAAUUAGUUGAAGUUUGGGAUCUCCUGGUUAGCAAGGAAUCGAGAAUUUCGACAAAGUGUGAUAAUCAAAUGUUGCUUCAAGCUAUUAAACAAGGCGUUCCGAGGGGAAAACGAGGCGAAGUUUGGCACUUUUUGGCGGAGCAAUUUUGCCUGAAACAACCGCCAAUUGACACACGAGACUUUCCAAAUUAUAAUAUGCCAUAUGAACUUCUUUUGAAACAAUUGACAUCGCAGCAACAUGCAAUUUUAAUCGAUCUUGGACGUACAUUUCCAAAUCAUCCGUACUUCAGUUCACCCCUUGGACCAGGUCAGUUGGGACUUUUUAAUUUAUUGAAAGCGUAUUCGCUGCUCGAUCAUGAGGUGGGCUAUUGUCAGGGUCUAAGUUUCGUCGCGGGAGUACUUCUCCUUCAUAUGGCCGAGGAUCAAGCUUUCUUUCUCCUGCGACAUUUAAUGUUUCGACGUGGCCUAAGAAAACUCUAUCUCCCCGACAUGGCCGCAUUACAAUUACAUCUCUAUCAAUUGUCACGUUUACUUCACGAUAGAUUGCCGGCAAUCUAUAAUCAUUUCGAUAAACACGAAGUCUCACCGACACUCUAUGCAGCUCCCUGGCUCCUCACAUUAUUCGCCAGUCAAUUUCCCCUCGGCUUUGUCACACGUGUAUUCGAUCUUCUAUUUCUCGAAUCUUCCGAAGUAAUAUUUCGAGUAGCUCUCGCAUUACUCGAGGAUCAUCAAGAUCAACUCCUGUGUUGCGAUAGUUUCGAAGAAAUAAUGGAAUAUCUAAAAGUUAAAUUGCCCGCCGUUGAUAAGGCCGUAUUGGAUCGUGUUAUGAAACGUGUCUUCUAUCCCGACAUGGAAAUUGGCAAACAACUCAACGAAUAUCGCGUUGAAUAUCAAGUGUUACAGGAGGAAAUGCUCUCGGUGAAGCCGCAAAUUGAAAAUAUGGAGAAACUCGAAAUGAUUAAUAAACAAUUGACCCAACAGAAUUUGAAUCUCAGCAAUCAACUUGAAAUAGCAAUGAAUAAUUUUCAACGUAUUGAAAAUACACGAAGUAUUAAUCAAUCGUCAUUUCAUAAACUCGAGGCACAAAAUCGUAGUUUAGAAGUGACUGUCGCAACAUUAGGUGGAUUCAUUCAACAACUCGCUGAUACACGCACCGAUAUUGAUAUACCCGGCGAUGUGAGACGAAUUGUCGCACAAUUGGGAGUCGCCGAGAAAAGACGAAGAACAUUCCCUCUCAAAGCACUCGAGGAUAAUAAUAAUAAAUUUGGAAUGGUAAAAAGUAAUUCGACUGGUAAGGAAACGCAAAAAUUCCUCCGGGGAGGUAUUGAGACGCCAUACCCAUUGAAAUCGGCAUUGAGUCAGCCAAACUUGGGUAGUCGAUUGGAGAAGAUGUCCUCAUUUUUUGCCAACUCACAUAGUCAAAUUGAGCAGAAGAGAGCGGAAAUUGCUGCCCUUCGGAAUGAGAGUGGCAGCGAUCGUAAUAGCUUUAGUAGUAAUGAUGAAAAUGAUCCAAAAUCAGUGAAUAUCGAUAUACAAAUAACUGACACUGUUGGUUCAACGACCGAUACAAUAACAACAACAAAUAAUAAUUUAAAAUUAGAAUUGGAAAAAUCAAUUUCAUUGCCAUUAUCGAAUGCAAAAAUAAAAUUGAAACCAUCGAAAUCAGCUUUUGAAUUGGGUUCAGUGAAGAAAGUGCCCACAACAAAAUUAGAGGACACUACCGAAGAAUCGUAUUCAAAUUUAACUGGAACAAUACAUCCACUCGAUACAUGCAGUGACGUUAAUUUUAAAUACGGCGGCACGACAAAAUUAAAAUCAAUUAAACCCGUGAGACUACCGGGACAGAAUAUACAAAAUGAAACAUUGAACAAAGAAAUACAAAAUCAAAAUCCAGAAAUAUUGAGUAGAUAGCAAUUGCUUCUACUCACGAUAUUAAAACGAAAUUUGGCCUGAUUUUUUUUCUCUAGUUUCUAAUUGUAGUAUAUUUGGUUUUUGCCUAAACUGUCAAUUAACAUUGUUUCAAUUUUACAAAAUUGUCAUCGAAAAAAUAUCAAAAACUCUACCGAGCACGUGUUUCAUCGACACAGACUGACAAUUAUUUUUUUUUUUAUUUAUUUUGAAUUCACAAUUUUUUUUUUUUAAAGAAUCAACGAAAAAAUAUUUUGACAUUUAAAAAUUUUUAUUUAUUAUACUAUUAUAAAUUGAAUUGCUAGGAAUUAGACUUCGCUUUUUUACUCUUCAAAGAAAAAAACCAAUGCAAUUUCGAUGACGAGAUUCUGUAAUUCAUAUCGUUUUAAGUCGCGAUAGUCAUAAGUCAAUUUUUAAAAUCGACUCAACUGUUACCAUGUCUUACGAUUGCCAAAUUUUAUAAACUAAUUACGCUAAACGUAGAGAGUAAAAUAGUGGAGAUACAAUUAAAAGUUAGAAAAAGAGAGAGAGAGAGAAAAGAAGAAGAAAUUAAAUUCUUGUAUACAAUUAAGAUAG